AGUGAUCCUCAGAGCCGACUCUGCCCAGCAGUGCGCCGUGGUACCGGUAACAGUCAUUUGUUUGAAAACCACCGUUGGUUGGAGUUUUGAACGCGUGGUUGUGCUUCGAGCUGUCAAUUGUUUUUGUUCGGUUUUUCAGUUGUUGUGGUUUAGUGGCUGUUUGUUAUGUUUCCAACCGACAAUUAGGAGUGCCGUCUUGAAGCGUUGUCGUAUUUCUUAUUAGCACGUAAGUCCACAAAUAGAAAUGGGAGGCAAGUCUUCGAAGAGGUCGGUAGACAUAACCACGACGCCGAAGAAGGGCGACGAAGAAGUUGUGACGGAGGGCGAGGGUAAACUUGAGAAAAUAGGAGACGCCGACGUAAAGAUCACAUCUAACGGUGCUGUACACACGGAUCUGGAGUUUGCGGAUAAAGAAGAAAAUGCGGGGGAGGCAGUCGAGGCGGAAAAGGAGAAACAGGACGAGGACGUGAAGGAGAACGGGGUACCAGAAGUAGAAGAGACGAAGACGCCGGACACAGAAGUUACCGCAGCCCCAUCGAACGAAACCCCUACGACAGAGAAGGCACCAGAGACCGGAGACAACAAAGUAGAAGAAACGCCAGAAUCGAAAAAGAACAAAGAGAAAACGAAAAAGAAAAAGUGGUCGUUCAGGAGCAUAUCGUUCUCGAAAAAGGACAAGACAAAACCCAACAAGGAAUCAGACAAGAACGGAGAUGUUAAGGAGGUUUCAGAGGAGAAUGUCGAAGCAACUUCCUCAACCUCCGAAGUGCAAAAAACCGAGGAGCAGAAGGCUCCCCAGGAGCCCGAGAAAGUAACAAACGGCGAGGCAUCCGUCGAGGAACUGUCCAAACCGGAAGAGGCCGUCGAACCAGCUGCGGAGGCAGUCAAGCCCGAGGAAGAGACAAAACCCCCAACAGAACAACCUACCGUACCCGCCGUAGAAGAACCCAAAGUUCCUGAACCCGUAGUAGAAAAACCCGUUGAAUCCGCUCCUUCCCCCGUAAAGGAGGACGUUCCGCCAGUCGAAGAGCCCACUCCCAAGGCCGAAGAACCCAAACCCACUGAACCAACUCCCGUUGUCGAGGAGACCAAAGAGGUGCGUAGCGAGGAGGUUCCCCCUCCCUUACCUUCCUCUAACCCCCCCUCCCCGGUGACGGUAUUUGCUGAAUCCACUAAAGCCGACGCCCUACCAGCCGAUCAGGUCCCCGUAGAGACUCCCGUCUCAGCUCCUGUUGUCGAGACUAUCCCCGAACAAGUCGCCGCAGAACAGAACGUCGAGUCUAUUCCCCAGGCGACGUCCUCCCCCGUGGUGGAGGACGUUUCCGAAUUGGAAACGGCGUCGUCGGUCGUUGAAGGCAAGGUGGAAUCAGUUUCGUCGGACAGUUUGAUUCCCGAACCAAGUAAAACCGAGUCCAACGAAACUGAUUUAAGUCCAUCGAAAGAUUCCUCGGCCUUAGAAGGCGCCGUUGUUCCUCCGGUUGAACCAGAGAUAAUCCCCGCUAGCGCUGCUCCUGUCGAGACUGUAAAAGAACCCACCAAAGAACCAGAAACUAACCCAAUCCCACCAGCUGUAGAAAUAAAAUCCGAACCAUUACCUGUCGAGUAUAAAGUAGAACCCCAGGAAAACGUAACUGAACAACCAAAACAGUCCGAGCUUCCAGUCGAACCUCCUACACCUGUUCCUUCGAGUGAAAAUAAGACUCCCGAACCCCAAGAAACCCCUGCACCACCACAACAACCUUCGGAAGCUUCACUUCCCGUAGAAGAAGCAAAAUCCUCAGAAAUUGUUCUGGAAAAACCCGAUUCCUCCGUUGAAACUAUCCUAGAGUCCACUUCGGCACCCGUGCCGGACGCGGUCGCGCCCUCUCCCGAACCGCAACCCGAACAAACAGUCUCGCCAACACAAGAACCGCUUCCUGAGCCCGUUUCCGAAUCGGUGGUAAACGCCGAUUCCCUCCCCGACAUCUCGACGGAAUCUCUCCCCUCCCUGCCGGAACCCGUGUCCGAGAAUCUAGCGGAACCAAUGUCUCUGCCCCCCGUGGAUUCAGUUCCCGAACCCAUAGCGACUGAUUCUGUCCCCGAGCGUCCCGCUUCUGAUAUCCCACCCCCCACCGACAGUCCGGCCCUCACGAACGGAAAUGCCGAUGGACUGCCGUCGCCGACUGAUGAGGUUUCCCCGCAGGCAGUCAAAGAAGGACCACUGAAACAGGUCGCCAGCGAGGUUUCUACUGAGAGCGAGAUACGACAGGAAAUUGGAGACAAGGCAAGCGUUGAGCCAGCAGAAUCGGCAAAGGUGGAGGAAUAAAUUUUCUUGUGCAGUUAAAAAUGUUCUUUUAUACAUAAACUUUUUAUUACAAGUUAAAAUGGAACGUUAACGGAUCAUUCCCGGCAGUGACCGUAGUUUUUGACCAAAAGAAGAAAAACAAAACUGCCAUUUAAAUUAGAACCUAGAAAUAUAUGAUUGUCUACCGCGCAAAAAAAAAAGUUGAGAAAGUUUUAAUACUCCUUAUUGAAAAUAUUUUAUAUUGUCUUUAGUGGAAAUUUUGGGACAAUUUUUUAUAUGUCCGCCAACAGCGGCUUUUUUAUCAUAUACAAUUGUAAAAUAAAAAAAGUUAGCGUAGUUUUUACUGUUUUUAGCGAUUUUUUUAUUAGAUGGGCUUAUUAAUCCUCGUUUUAAAAUCCUAUGUAUCACAUCACCUUGUUUAAAGAUACGGGCAACCAGAAUUGUUCCGAUUAAUAUUAAUAACGCAUCUGUAAGUAUAUAUUUUUAUUUUAUUUUAGCUUUGAUUAGAUUAGAUACAUAUCUAGCGGUAAUGAGGCGUCGGGGCGCGCGCGACGGCUCCCCGCCUGUAAAUCUAACGGGUGCUUUGAAAGGGCACCGGGGCCGCCGCGCGACCCGACCGCGAUUUGUCUGAUUGUAUAAAAAAAAAAAUUUUAAAUUAUAAAUGUGUAGAAUAGCAAGUCGGCUGUCCUAACGUUAACUACAUUAUUAGUAUACAGUGUGCUUCGUGUAAUUUCUGCUUGCGGCAGCUAUCUCGCACUCGUUUGGUAUUUCCCGAGCGGCUCCACGAUUCCUCUAACGUAAAAAAACGGUCAUCAUCUUCGGUUCGACGUUUCGACCCGCCCGGUACCAAACGACUGCGAGGACGAUCUGGGUGUAUAGUUGGUUCCAAAAUUGAUGAGAAAAUUGUACAUUGACACAACGAAAUUAAUUUUAAACCCUGUUUGGCGUCUCGAAAUUUUAACGCGUUAGUAUAGUUUUAAGAAAGGAAUUUAGUUUUGAUUGUGCCAACUUGAAACUAUAUUCUCCGUCCACAGCUCUUUGAUAUUUCGCUAUACAUUAUUAUCCGCCGACUUAUCAAAACGGCUGUGUGUAGGUAAAUGAAAUUUCCAUGUACGUGUGAAUGUGUUUAUAAUAUAAAUAUAUAAUUAGGGUGUCUCCUA